CAUGCCAGUGAGUCCAUAGCAGAUCGCGAUAACAUCCUGACAUGGGGGAACUGAAACUAAAAGUGUUCGCUAUCUUCAUAGUAAUCACGGAAGUCCACUCCGCGAUUUUAGAUUCCUCGAUUGACAAAGUGGUCAAUACAAAAGUAAACGAUAAUGGAGACAAAAAGACUGAAUUUGGAGACUUUCACAUCCUCAGCAAUCGACAGCAGAGAUUCUUCAGCUCUGUGAAGUUGAAUUCUAUCGAUUCUGCCAACGAGGUGGACAGUCCCCAUGCUGCACUGGAGAAGGCUGAUGAGGACCCCAACACCGCACUCUCCGGGGUCUACACGGACUGUCUGUUAAAUCUGUCCUUCCCCUGCCUCCAGAGGAAGAUCCUUGUCUUCAUAGACCGCCUGGGAAGGAUGGCCAAGUUCAACCUUAUCGGAAACUUCCUGUCUGUCGUACGAACCGCCAAAGAAGCUCGACAGUCCUUAACGGAGGACACACUGUUGGCCAGGAAGAUUGAUGAUGAGAAGACCCUCAGAGGUAUGAUCGACACUUCCAUCGAUGAGUUCUUCGAGGACCACGUGAUCAGGGUGACGAUUCCUACAAUCCCGGGUGAAGGUGGGAGAGCUACUUCAGUACUGGAUUUCAGAAUCGGAGAAAAUUUUGAAGUGGAAGAGGGUCGCAUGAAGAAGAAGAAAGGAGGAGGAAAAAUGAAGGGGAUGAAAAAGAUGAUGAUGAUGGGAUGCAUGAUGAUGAUGGGAAAGGCAGCCAUGUUUGGACCAAUCAUCAUGGGUAUAAGCAGUCUCGCAGCAAUAAAGGCUCUGAUCUUCUCAACAAUGGCUCUCACCAUAUCCAAGAUAAUAAUUCUUAAGAAGUUAAAAAUGAUGAUGGGCAAGGGUGGAAUGUCAGGAUGGCCUUCCUCAGGAGGGGGAGGCGGUGGAUGGCCCUCUUCAGGAGGGGGAGGAGGAGGAGGCUGGUCAUCUGGUGGAGGGGGAGGUGGGGGAGGCUGGUCUUCUGGAGGAGGAGGAGACAGGAGUUUAGAUGCUCACUCUCUUGCAUACCAAGCGUACAGAUAACAUACCAUUGUAGUUAUUAUUCAGACUGUGUUGUUAACUAUAUCUGUUAUUUAUUUAUUGUUGUGUUCCUUAUUUAUUUAAUUUAUUACUGCGAAAAUAAAAUCUGUUCAAAUAAAAUUA